GCCAUGACCCUCCUUGUGCAGGAGGGUCUGCUUGCAGAGCGCACCCUCCGCCGGGUCAGGGCGGCUCUCUUCCGCACGGUGAAGGAGGGGUCGUUUCCGCACCUCCUCGAUCAGCUGAACCAGCUGGCAAAGGGGCAGCCGGAGAUCCCGGACAACUCCCACGAUGUGCUCGGCAAUUACAUUGCAGCCCUGAAGCGGAUGGCUCUCCGGCUGACCCCACAGAAUGCUGACCAGUUCCUGGAUGCCACAGCCGGCGCUGAGGUGGCGAAGCUGCCCCUCAUGGAGGAGGCAGCCAGAUACGUCUUCCAUGGCUACGACAUGGCCGAGACAGGAUCGAGAGUGGUCUGCCUUUGCCUCCUGCAAGCACAGAAUCCUCGUGUGCAUGGUGCAGCCGUCGAGGUGUUGCGCAGCACAUUGCUGCCGACGCUGGCCGAAAGGCUGCAUUGCGCUUGGGCGCAGAUGACAACAGCCAUGCAGCACAACAAGUGCAGCGCCCUGCAAGCUGCGAUGGGCAAGGAGGAGGACGCACUGGACUUCCUGAUCGACCUCCUGUCUAUUGGGCAGCCUGCAGUAACGCAGGCUGUAGCAGAGGUGAUUGUCUGCGGGCCGCUGCUCUCCCAACUGCACGUGCUGGCAGAGCGCCACAGGUACGUGAACAGACCCAAGAGCAUCUGGGAGAUACUCAUGAUUGAUGUCGAGAACGACGGGCCCCUGCCAUCGCCGGAGCGUAUCGACGCUAUGCAGGCGGCGGAAGAGGAGAGUGAGAGCGCCUGCGCUGCCGAAGAGGAUCCACCGGACCAGCUUGCUGCCGUUCUGGCUGUCCGCUCACUGGCCAAGUUCUUGCAGAAGAUGCGGAAGGAGCGCUUGUCGGGAAUCCUGGUCCCGUUGAUUCAGCUGCUGCUGUGGCCAGUCCUGCCCUGA